ACCAUGGACAAGUUUCUUAGUGAGCUGCCGGCCAAGAUGAUGCCCCUGGUCCCCUUCAGGUUACCUGUCGUCGAGCCUGAUUUUUGGCAAUCCGCAACAUUCUGGACAUACGUCUUUUGGGUUCUCUGGCUCCAUCGAUAUGUCCGGCUGCUUGUUCACUGCGUCAGCCAUUGGACCUACAAGUCGAAGCCGAUCCCUAACAAGCCAUCAUUCACCAACGAAGACGUCACGGUCAUUAUCCCCACUAUUCAUAACGCGUUUGAGGAGCUUCGACCGUCGCUUCAGAGCAUUCUGGCCUGUAAGCCUGCCGAGCUGAUUCUGGUCACAACGCACGACAAGCGCAAGGCUCUUGACGAGCUAGCCAAGUCCCUCAAUUACCCCCGGGUCCGUGUCAUGAAUACACCCAUUGCCAAUAAGCGACUUCAGGUCUGCGAGGCUCUGCCUACCGUGGAAACUCCCAUCACUAUCAUGGCUGACGAUGAUGUGGCCUGGCCAUCCACCUUGAUGCCCUGGAUUCUCGCCCCCUUUGAAGAUCCCAAGAUCGGCGGCGUCGGCACAUGCCAGCGAGUGAAGCGCGAGUGGACGGCCCCGUGGUCUGUUCGCAUCUGGAAUUGGCUCGGAGCCGCAUACAUUGAGCGCCGCAACUUUGAGAUCUCGGCUACUCACAACAUGGACGGCGGCACCUCUUGCAUGUCGGGACGCACUGGAGCGUACCGAUCGGAAAUCCUCAAGAGCCAUGAUUUCCUCGACGGCUUCAAGACUGAAAAGUGGAGAAAGUGGAUCUUGAAUGCUGACGACGAUAACUUUGUCACGCGAUGGUUGGUGAGCCACCAGUGGAAGACCUGGAUCCAGUAUGAGCGCGAAUGCGAGAUUGAAACCACUCUGGAGAAUGGCCCCAAAUUCCUGUAUCAGUGCUCCCGCUGGGCGCGUAGCAAUUGGCGAAGCAACUGGACCAGCCUGGUCAAGGAGCGGCACGUGUGGAGACAACAGCCUUGGUGCACAUACGCCCUCCACUUCGCGACCUUUACCUCUCUCGCCUUCGUCGUCGACCCGCUUCUGCUUGCCUCGUGCUGGUGGGCGACGGCUGAGUGGCAUGUCCAGUACCGACACUACGCCUUCUGGGCCCAGUUCCUCUUCAUGUUUGGCUUCACCAAGUUCGUCAAGCUCAUGGGACUUUUGUUGCGAAACCCGAGCGAUAUCAUCUUUGUUCCCGUCUCCAUCGUCUUUGGAUAUUUCCAUGGUCUGAUCAAGCUCUAUGCCCUUCUUACUCUCAACAUGACGUCAUGGGGCAGCCGAGCUGACGGCGAUGCAAAUGAUGCGCAGCGGCUCGCGCCAGCGCCAUCACCAUCUAAGGUAUUGACGACUCCUCGUGGUGCUAAGUCGCUCAUCCGCUUUAACGUCCGUCAAAAGGGAGGACAGACGCAGACGCGGACCGAGCAAGAUUCAGCAUGGGAAAAGCGCGGAUACGCUGCGUACGACUCGGGCACUUCAUACUCGGAAAAGCAUGAAGCCGCUGGCAUACAGAAUAGCCAUGAACAGCCGCAGUCGAUGCACUUCAGUAACGCUUCUGAAUAAUGAGUCAUGAUCAAUAAUCCCCCCCUUUUUUUCCCCUUCUUUUUUGGUGGGGGAUCUCUACAUACACAAAAAGAAGACAAUCUCCUAGACUCUUGUCUAGUUGGGAUUUGGUUUUACGCGAGCUACGAGAAAUGACAUUUUUUUUUCAUGGGAUCUUGGGUUUAGUACCAUGUCAUGAAUUUUUAGGCAUGAUCGAAAAAGGUAUGCCCUACUACUUUUUUUAUUGGGCCGUUUAGGGCGGGGUGGAAACAACAAAUUGCACUAUGGUGGUAUAUUCCAGCAGAAUAAUGGGCUCUGCUGCACAUGGACAUAUGGGACGGAAUGGAAUGGAAUGGAAUGGAUGGAACGCUUGGACUUUUGGUUGAUUUCUAGGGCAAUGUAUAGGCGUUGAAUUGGGCAAACGAGUCCCUGCUCAACAGUGCAUUCCCGGGACUGU